AUGGAUCCCAAAGAAACCACGGCCGAAGAACUCUUCAACGCCCUCGGUCAACAAUACGAAGACGCCUUCGCCGAUGACGUCGAGCUCCGCACCCUCAUCCACUCCGUCGUCGCCCAGCUCCCGCCCGCCUCCCCUGUCCUCGACGUCGGUUGUGGAACUGGCCGUCCCGUGUCUGACAUCCUCGCCCGCCACGGCCACUCCGUGCAUGGCAUCGAUGUUGCAGAGGAGAUGGUGCGGUUGGCCCGCGCCCAGGUGCCAGGAUCCUUCCACAAGGUCGACAUGAGACGCUAUCGUCCCCCGCAUUCGUUUGGUGCCGUGUUUGCCAUCUUUUCCCUGUUUAGCUUCCCGCCGGCGGAUGUCGUGUCUAUGGUGUAUCGCUUUGCGGAGUGGUUGCAGCCCGGGGCGGUCUUGGUAUUGGCUGUCGUGACGAGUGAUUCGCUGGGUGAUGGGGUGGGAUACUACGAUGGUGUUUGGGAUUGUAUGCGGGUUAGGAGACCCUGGAUGGGUGCCGUGACGGUGGAGACGCUGUUAUCGAGCUCACGGUGGAAGAACCUACUGGUCCAAGUGGGCUUGACUUUGGAAAUGGAGCAAACGUACGAUUACCUUCCUCGUGGUCAGAAAACAGACCAGAGUGGUCGGCAUCAUUUGCUCGUUGCUCGGAAGACAGGCCUUGACCCGGUGUUUGGGCCACAUCCUGUCCCGAAGGAGUCGGGCGUGGGGUCGUGGAGACGCGACGAGACAGCGUGGCAGAUCCUGCGGGACCGGCUGUUUAUCGACGUAGAGGGCAAUGACAUGCGCGAUAUCGUUCAAAGAGGUCGGCGUGUUCUGGAUGUCGGUGGGGUAGUACGAGCCAUCCUAGCAAAUGGCCCUUCCUCUACGGGGAUAGUUGAAAGCAUCCAAACGCUGUCCCAAACACUCCCUUCCCCAGACCAGGAUUAUGAUAUUGCCGUCUUAUACUUCGCUCUGGACUGUGUGUCGGACCGAGCCCGAUGCCUGGGCGAACUCGCACGCGUGAUGAACCACGCCGACCCGAAUACAACAAUAAUCAUCAUCCAAGGCGCGCCGGAGAAUACAUGUGUACAAUUGCUAAACUCGCGGUGUGUUCGUCUAAGCGCGGACUCUCCUCGUCCCAUCCACCAAGGCUGUCUUUUGCAGACGGCACGGGAUACGCUCGCGCAUAUGGGGUAUAUCAGUGAGAGGGUGCGACGUAUCAACAGCUCUUAUGUAUUUGAGGAAGAGGAUGUGACUCGUAGGUGUGAGAUUGCUGCCGAUGCGUUGACUCGAUCGUGGUAUCACGACGAUCCGAACCAGUCUCAGAUGGAAGAGGGACUCGUGGAGGAUUUGGGGUCCAUGUCCAAAUGGGAGUCGGGACUGAGAAACCAAUUAGCUGUUCUCACAGUACGGCCUGCUUAA